UACCACAAAACGAGUUGGACUGUCAUUGUUAAUGAUAUCAUCACUGCUACGCCUGCUACUACUAGUACCACCACACCACCACCACCACUUCUUAUACCACGGACUACCACUGCCACAACUAGUAUUACUGCUCAUUUGAUAAUACUACUAUUACCACUGUUACUACUACUACUGCAACUACUGUUGUCCCAGGAAUGGGUGACAUCUUUAUGA